ACUCAUGUCAUGGUUCUGCAUUCCUCGGCAUCAGCAAUAGCUUCCACCGCCGCUCCGCUUGAUAUGCAUUCUCCUUGAUAUGUAUCGGGCACUGAGCGCACACCGCCUCGUUUACCGUGCCCGCAUCUCAAGGCUUGUGAAAUCUGGCCUCAUCGACCAGGCAACCCAGGUGUUCGACGAAAUGUCCCAAUCAGAUUGCCGCGUAUUCAGCCUUGAUUACAACCGAUUCAUCGGGGUACUCGUCAAGCACUCGCGCUUUGAUUUGGCUGAGCAGUACUACUUCCAAAUGCUUCCUCAGGGGUUCUCUCUCAACUCCUUCACCUACUCUCGCUUCAUUUCGGGUUUGUGCACGAUCAAGAACUUCACUCUUAUCGACAUUCUAUUGAGAGACAUGGAUAUGUUCAAUUAUGUCCCAGAUAUCUGGGCUUUUAACAUAUAUUUAACAGUUUUGUGUAGAGAUAAUAUGUUCUCUCUAUGAUACUUUAUCCACUUAAUAGUCUUUCAUAUGCAUUUUUCUUGUGGGGUUGAACUUAUUUUAAAUCAGAGGUUUUUGGAGGCAGUAAGCUCAUAAAUGUUCGAUUUAUCUCCCUGAAGUUAAUACAUACACUCUCCUUUAUACCUGGAAAAAUUUGACUCAUAUAUGCAUUAACUGUGUGCCUCUUUUUUCUUGUGACAAUGAGCAGGUGGAGCUGGCUAUGGAAAAGUCAUGCUUUCUUGAUACAUGCACCUUGACCUUGCCCUUGCCAGUUUUCAGAUCCAUACAGAAGUUUGCAACUUGCAGCAACUGAAAGGAGCUAUCACUGAAUGCAAACUUGAAAAUCAAAUUUGAGGGGGACUGAAGGGGAAAGCACUGCUAGCCUUGUUUUUUCUGCUUCCUCCAGGUCUCAAAGGCUAUGAGUAAAUUAAAAGAAAUGGAGUAGAGGUUUCCUGCCCGUCGCCAAUCUUGUCUCAACCGCUCAACCUCAUUGCAUGGGUAAAUAAUAGAUCAACCUUUUUUCAGAGAGGCAAUAAUGAUUACUUAACAUUUGGGCAAAGAAUUAUUCUUUGAUUUGAAGAUUGCCAAUUAGAACGGCUAACUGAACUAUUGAAGAAUCAUUUCUAUGAUUCUAAAAUAUGAUUGUAGCAAUCUAAUAUUGCUGCAAUGUAGUACAUACUACUGGCGCAGCCGAACUAGUCUAGAAGAGAAUUCUUUACCAACAAAUGGCAUUCUCUCUAUGUACAUCCAUCAUCAAUCGACAAAAGUAUUUCUAUACCUAUAAUAUAAACUUCUUUUUUUAUAAUCUCUGAUUGUAUCUUCAAAAAAACAAUGUCUAACCAGGAAAACAACCCACAUUUUCUUCAACAACAACCUCUUCAACGUUCUGAUCUGGCACCAAGUCGCCCAGAGCAUAAUCCCCACACGUUAGCAAGGCAACAAAAAGACCCUGAGUCACUUGUUCGAUGGAGUGGCGUGACUCAUCAACUCCCAAACCAUGGUCCCCAAGAGCCAUCAAAACCCACCUCGGAGCCAAUUCGUCCAGGGACUUCGACCUUACAGCACCCUCCACCCCCCACCCCAAAAUGGAAGAGGCUAAAACGGCAAGGCAAAGAUUCCAAGCCAUCUGGCACAGUGGCGUCGCAACCACCGCCACAGUCUUCCGACCCUCAUCCUAUUCUUCCAUACGUGCCCCCAUCCGAAAAGCCGGAGCAGCCUCCAGCUCGUCCGUCAGGUAGUCCAGCAAACCAUUAUCGACAAGCAAACCGAUCACUCCUCGGAAGAGACCGUCGCACCAAACUCCCAAUAUGGUUCGGCGCAGUAUUCUGUGCCAUCUUUUGGAUCGUGAUAAUCCUAGGAGGCUUAGUCGUUCUCAUAGUAUACCUCGUCUUCCGCCCAAAAAGCCCCUGGUUCGACGUCUCCAACGUCAACCUGAACGCAGCAUAUCUGGACAUGGGUUACCUCCUGAAUGCCGAUCUCGUCCUCCUCGUAAAUUUCACAAACCCAAACCACAAGGUGAGCGUAGACUUCAGCUCCAUGUACCUCGAUCUUUACUUCGAGAACACCAUGAUCGCCACCCAAUACGUACAACCCUUCUCCGCGCCGAGGAGCAGGUCAAUGUUGGCAACCAUUCAUAUGAUGAGCAGCCAAGUUCCGCUUGCCAUUAAGGAGAGUCUGCUGCUCCAGCAGCAGAUACAGAACAGCAAUGUGACAUUUGACCUGAAGGGAAAGUUUCGAGCGAGAUCAAAUUUCGGGAGUCUGAUACGGUACUCGUAUUGGCUGCACGGGUUAUGCAGGGUCAUUGUGAGUAGCCCUCCGACUGGGGUUUUGAGAGGUAAAAAGUGCAUAACCAAACAGUGAGACUGAGUAGAAACAACACAUUGCAUUGGCAUUGGCAGUAAAUGUAAUUCCCUUUCAUUUCUUAAAGAAUAACAAAAAAUUGAUUUCUUA